AUGCCACCAAAAAAGGAUGCUGCUUCGUCUGGCGGCAAGGGUGAGGGCCGCGGACAUAAUGGUAAUCGACCCGGCUUUCGAACCGACACAGCCAUUUCGAACCGAGCCGCCGCUGGAGAACGAGUCCUUCAGCCCUGGGUCCCAGAGUCUACCGACGGUCUCGAUGCCAGUCUAGAAGGGCCCACGGGGAGCGGUGCUUGGGACCAAUUCGCGGCAAACGAGCGUCUUUUCGGCCUCAAGACCGAUUACGACGAAAAUAUCUACACGACUGCUAUCAACAAAAGCCACCCGCAGUAUCGCGAAAGAAUAGCUGCCGCUGACAGAAAGGCGCGCGAGAUCGAACGAAGUGUCCCCACGACCGCACAUGUGGCCGAAGAGCGAGUGAUGGACUUCAAUGGCACGAGUGGCGGAGACGAGAACGAAGAAGAGAAAUACAGUGGCGUCCGCCGACAAGACUUUCCGCCUCUUGGUAGCGGGCGCGAGAACCGCUAUACACCUCCGGCGAAGAGAGCCCCGGCCGCGCAGUCAAAUGUUAAAGGCGCUCCUGUGGAUCCUGCCAUUAUUUCUUCGCAGAUAAAAGCUCCGCCAAAGAAACAAACACCAGUCCCCUCUGAUCAGUCUCGUGCUCAACCUUCCAUUCCUCCGAAAAACGAGACCGCUACCCAGCAACAUCUAUCCAAAGCCGUGAAUUCGCAAGCAAUUCAAGAGAAACCCACAGGUUCUCCAAUUGCACAGCCAAAGGAUACCAAAACAUCAGAGACCAAGAUGGCUGAGGGCCCUUCUGCUGCUACCUAUACUGCCGCUAUCGCACCCAAAGUUGCAUCUGGCGCAGCUGAGAAAACUUCCCAGCCAAGCGCCACGCUAACUGUUGAGCGUGAUGUUCUGAACUCGUUCAAAACUUUCGCUACUCAGCAGAGAAUCAACGCUGAAAAGGUUCGAAACAGCAAGGCCAAGGCUGACAAGGAAGUCAAGCUCACUGAGUUGCGAAAAUUCGCGACAAAUUUCAAGCUCUCAACGCCCGUUCCAAACGAUCUUGUGUCCAUCAUUGCAAAAGAUCCCGUCAAGCAAAAGGAAAUUCAAGCUCGAGCCAUCAAGAACGCCGAAGAAGUCGCAAGAUCGAAAGCAGUCUCCUCUUCCAAGAGCUCCCCCGCCAGUGGUAAAGAUACCCCUCCAAAAAGCAGUGAGCAAGGUACGACCAUGCCUCCUGUUACCGACCCACGAAACUCGCGUGCUCCUGCAGGGCCGCACACAGCUUCGCCAGCUGGCGCGGCAAAUCGGCAUACCGGACCUCGCCAACCCUACCCUCAGCAAUACCACGGCCAGGGAUACAGGAACAACCGUAACGGCCCACACAACAUGCCUACUCAGCAGACAGGUAGCCUAGCCCAGCGGCUGCGCAAUGUUGAACAGCAGAAGUACUCGCAGCCACCCGCUGUCCAGCAGCCAUCCGCUAGUCAAGACACCCGCGCACCACCCACUGGGCCUGCUGGCACAAAUGAUGCAAACUUCAACCGUCGACAUAGCGCUCUUCCAGGCCACAUGAGUGUGAAGCUAAAUCCUAACAGCCAUGAGUUCCGACCAAGUCCAUUUGCUCCGUCUUUCAACCCCAUCAACCAGGUGAGCGCAAGCUCGAGCCCUCGCACCGCUGCCAACACCGUUACCGACUCAAGCGCUGCUGCUGCUGUGACCGGGCAACUUAUUCGACGCAAGACUCGAGCCGUCGAUGCCAAGAAGUGCUGCAUUCUUUCGCACAUUAAGAAAAUUGCUCCGCCCCAGGGCCGCAACUGGGACGACAAUGGAGGCUUGCGACCUUCUUACGAUACUCUUCCCACUUGGCGACAGCUUCGAGACGACGAGAAGGCUGACUCGACGAUGCACCUUACGUACAAGGCGCGCUUGGAACGAAACCCAUUUUCCGAAGCCUCAAUGGCGACCCCCAAUCCAUCGCCUGCAAUGCCUCAUCAACACCAGCUGCCUUUCCAUCUUCAGCAUGGUUCGCAUAACAUGGGCCAGCGUCAGUCUCCCGCCAUGCCACCCAUGCAAAUGCACACGCCUCAUCACGGGCCGGGCCCUCAUGGCCAGUAUGGAACUGAUGAUCACCGCAUGAUGCACUCGAAUUCGCAACAAUCCUUUGCUUCACCUCGCAUGACACAAAUGCCGAUGGUCUACAACACACCUGGCCAGGUGGUGUACAACCAACCAGUUUAUAUGGGUGGAGGUGCACCCCAGAUGGGCCAGUACCGAAGUUUCUCCAACAACCACCCUCAAUACGCACCGCCCCAAGGGCCUAUGAUGAUGCAACCGCACUUUAUGCAUGGGCCGCAGGGAAUGGUUGGCGGUCCCCAACUGAUGUAUCCCGGUGCCCAUGGACAGUUCAUGCCACCUACCGGCCCGCCACAACCAGGACCUGUAGCAAAUGGAUACCCCAGCCCGGGACGGCCUUCAGCGCCGGCUAUGGCUCAUCAAGGAUCACAACAGGGCCAACCGAUGUAUAGCAUGAGUCCGAGUGUGCAGUACAACCAACCUGUCUACGGACCAGGCCAGGGCGGCGGCCAGUGA